GCUUCAGUCACCGCGAUUUAUUUGUAAAACACUUUCAAUUGACAUAUACCUGAACAUACUUAAGUUUUAAUUUUGCAGUCUAAAAGUAUCAUAUGAGACAUCAUAAAAUCCUGCCAACGGGCCUGUAAUAUAUAAGAUGCAGGUAUAUACAAGAUUGCACAAUAGAUUUUGAUCGAUAUUAUUGACUUGCUUAUCUCAAAGAAAGCAACCAAAGCAUAGUGAUAAAGUAAACCUAAUAAGAUCUUUAAUAUAACCCAAAAGGAUCUUUUAAGAUGGUUUUUGUUUUAAAUUAUAGAUAAAAAUUUUGAAUUAAAGUUGAUCAUGAAUGAAGACAAUUAUGAACGUAUAAAAAACGAAUUAGAUAUAAUCGAAUCAAUUUAUUCGGAGAGUUUUGUUAGGUCAUCUGAAGGUUUUGGUGGCCAACUUUCUGCUCAUGUUGAACUACCUAGUAGCUUAAAACUUUUAUACUCUGCUUCAAACACAAUCGGUUCUUCUGAUGAAUCUUUUGUUGUAUUGGAUAUUGACUACUUACCUGCUAUUGCUUUAAAUUUUAAAUUACCAGAAGGAUAUCCGACAUUGUCACCUCCAGUUUACACUUUGUCUUGCAAAUGGCUCACUAAAAUACAGCUGUCAAGACUUUGUGAAGCAUUAGAUAAAUGUUGGACUUCAGAGGAUGGUCAAGAAGUACUCUAUACUUGGAUGCAAGUCUUAACAAAUGAUGUUUGGAAGACAAUUAAUGUAUCAAAUGAACUGAUUUUAUCGGUGUCUAAUUCCGCUCACACAUCAAAUUUAGAUUGUCGCGUAUUUCAAGAAACUGAUAAUUUAAACAAUCUUGUGACUUAUUUAAUAGACUAUAAUUCUAAAGAAGCGCAGCAGAAAUUUAAUAACGCCUUUUUUGAAUGCGCCUUAUGCUUUUUAGAAAAACCUGGUUCAAAAUGUGUAUCUUUCUCAAAAUGUAAACAUAUUUAUUGUAGGGAAUGUAUAGAACAAUAUUUUAGCAUUAAAAUAAGAGAUGGUUCUGUCAGAGGUCUUAUAUGUCCUCAAGAAAAAUGUGAAUCACAAGCUGAUCCUAAUUUUGUACGAACAUUGGUAUCGCCAGAGCUUUAUGAAAAAUAUGAUAGCUUACUGUUGCAGUCAACAUUAGAUUGUAUGGAUGAAAUUGCGUAUUGCCCCCGCAAGACUUGUAAUGCAGUAGUAUUGAAAGAACUAAAUAUGGGUCAAUGUCCAGUGUGUCGUUUUGUUUUCUGUGUUUUAUGUAAGCGUACAUACCACGGCGUCAACAAAUGCCCUGUUAAUUCUGGUGAACUGAAAAAACUAAGAGAAGCUUAUUUGAAUGGUACAGCUGAAGAAAAAGAAUAUUUAGAAAAGCGGUAUGGUAAGAAGCAGCUAAAACAGGCUGUUGAAGAACAUUUUUCCGAAACCUGGUUAGAAAAUAAUUCUAAAAAAUGUCCUAAUUGUUCAACAUAUAUCGAGAAAAUUGAUGGUUGCAAUAAAAUGAAGUGUUACAAAUGUGAAACAAAUUUUUGCUGGCUUUGUGGAAAAGGACUACCCGCGGCAAAUCCAUACGAACACUUUAACAGUCUUAAGACUGGAUGUUUUAAUCGCUUGUUUGAAGGAAUAGAUGUUGAUAAUUUAAGUGACGAUAGUGAUGAUAACUUAGAAUAAUUGUUUAAAAUAAUUUUCUGUUAAUAGAAGUUGGUGUUUUUUAUAUAUGUGAAAAAAAAUGUUUUUACAUACAUAAAAUUUGUUUUAAUUAUUAUCAGUAGUAUUAUAAAUAGUAUUAAAAUUAUAACGCAGAUUUUUAAAAUAUAAAUUGUGAUUUGUUUUCGUAAACAAAUACUUUGAUGGAUAAACCUUGUAAGACGAAUUUUGAAGUUUUUGCGGAAGACAUAAGAAUUGUUUUAUAAA